AUGAUCUUGCUUUUGUCUAGCCUAGCGUGCGCCAUAUUCCUGUUUCUCCUCUGUGUCUCUGACAUAUGGUUUUUCAUUAGAAUAGGAUUGCUUUAUGCCUAUGGCUGUUUCUGGCAGAAGUUUCCAGACGACCUGUUCGAAACGUUCGUCCUACCGAACCUAGUGUUCACGUCUGACUUGGAUUACAUGCUGCAGAUGAACAAUGCCCGCUAUUUGCGCGAGGCCGAUAUCGCCCGCUGGUUCUUUUAUGGUCGGCUCAAGUUCUCUCGGGCGCUCAAAAUAUUACGAGCCAAAACUGUCCUGUCCGCCUCUUGCAGCCGCUAUCGCCGGCCGUUGGGCCUUUUUGAACGCUUUGAUAUCCGCACGCGGAUUUUGGGUUGGGACGACCACGCGUUCUACUUGGAGCAGCAGUUUGUUAGCUGUCAAAAAGGCUUCGAAGUUGCUGUAGUGCACUGCCAGCACCAUCUAACGGGCAUCUCUCCUGUGUGUCUUAUGGAGUUCAUGAUGCAGAAAAAGAACAUACCGGAAGAGCCCUGCUGGUUUACAGCUGUGGUUCACCCAGUCCAGCAGCCUGUUCUGCUCAAGAGCCAACCAUUUGCUCUUGAGUACCCACAAACAGGACAGCGUGCCUCCGACCUCUGGUAUUGA